AAGAAAAAUGCAGUGAUGGAAUCGAUCUAAUAAUAAAAAACAAGAGAAAAAUGAAAAGUGGUAUUUACGUGUUUGUUUGUUUGCUAUGGGGAGACUGAGCCUCUUUAGAGUUUGAAAGCCAUAGGAACAAACUUUCGUGGGGAUAUGUCAUGAACAUGAUAGACUCUACUUUGGCUCUUUUUUAUUUUCCAUCACGACCACCCUCUUAUAUUGUUCUGUAAAUUUCAGAGUUGCAUUGCUCAGUAGUCAUCAGUACAUUGAUUUUCUUUCUCAUGGCUGGAGCACAGAGACCACAAGGACUCAACAAGCCAUGUAUUCUCCUCAUAGUGAUAUCUGGAAUGGAGAGGUUUGCAUACAAAGGGGUGGCAUCAAAUUUGGUGACAUACCUCACUGAUGUAGUGAAGAUGAGCAACUCAUCGGCGGCCAAGACAGUCAACAGUUGGUGUGGAUUUACCUCUAUGCUGCCACUGUUGGUAGCACCCCUUGCUGACUCUUACUGGGAUCAGUAUACUACUGUAGUAGUCUCUUCUUUGCUCUAUGUUCUGGGACUUCUAGCAUUAACAUCAACCACAUUCCAAUGGUCUUGGAUUCCCACCAGCAAAACCAGCUCCUCUUCAUACCUGUUUUGGUCUCUCUACAUGAUUUCAAUAGGCCAAGGAGGUUACAAUCCAUCUUUACAAGCCUUUGGAGCCGAUCAACUCGAAAAUGAGGAAGACGAAUUGCCCUGCACCAAAAAUGAUCAGAAGUCCGACAAGAAAAGCUUGUUCUUCCAGUGGUGGUACUUCGGCGUUUGCAGUGGCAGCCUUCUAGGUGUCUCACUCAUGUCCUAUGUCCAAGAAAUGUUAGGUUGGGGCAUGGGAUUUGCUAUCCCCACAAUUGCAAUGGUUACAUCAAUUGCAAUUUUCUCUAGUGGGAGCAGAUUUUACACUUACAAACAGGUCAAGCGCGCCGAUGUGAAGUCCUUGGAGAGUAUAGUUCAUGCCAUCAAAUCAACUGCCUCGAAAAUGAUGGAUGGUUGGUGCACACAUGCAAGCAAAUCCGAUGUGGCUGAGAUGGAGCUUCAAGAGAAACCACUUCGUCAUGAAGACCUUGAACAUGUCGAUGAGGGCUUAGACGACACUGCCAACAAUGGAAUUCAACUUCUUGAAAUUGCGAAAGUCGUAUUUCAUCUUUUGCCAAUAUGGAUUAUGCUUCUGAUGUUUGCAGUGAUUUUCCAACAGCCUCCAACAUUCUUUACUAAACAAGGCAUGACGAUGAAAAGGAACAUUGGAAGCAACUUCAAAAUCCCACCAGCCACACUACAAAGCGCAAUCACAGUGUCGAUAAUUAUUUUGAUGCCAUUUUAUGACACGUUCUUUAUCCCCUUUGCUCGCAUUAUCACACGUAGUGAGAAAGGCAUCGAUGUGAUGCAGAGGAUGGGGAUUGGAAUGUUCCUGUCGGUCAUAGCCAUGGCAAUUGCGGCACUUGUCGAAGCAAAGAGGCUUGAGAUGAGUAGAAACACACAAUCAGAAACAGUUGCACUGAGCAUAUUUUGGUUGCUACCACAGUACAUUCUAUUGGGUAUUUCAGACAUUUUCACUGUUGUUGGGAUGCAAGAGUUCUUUUACAGUGAAGUUCCUGCAAGAAUGAGAACUAUGGGGAUAGCACUAUACACUAGUGUUUUUGGGGUAGGAAGCUUCUUGAGUGCGUUGUUAAUCUCUCUUCUUGAGUUUAUCUUAAGUUCAAGGGGAAGACAAAACUGGUUCUCUGACAACAUGAAAGAUGCCCGGCUAGACAAGUACUACUGGCUUCUAGCCGCGUUAAGUGCAUUAAGCUUGCUAAUAUUUGUGAUUUUGUGUAGAUUUUACAAAAGUAGGGUAUGAAAUGAAUUGGUUAAUGUCAAUCUCUC